GUGUCAGGGCGGAUACAAAAACAAAAGUCACCGAGAAAGUCAAAUAAAUCAAAUACAUUGAUCAAAUCAAAGAAAAAGAAAAUAGAAUUCGUAAAAUAAUACUUAUUUUCCGAAAAAUUAUUCAAUAAAAUGAUGCAUGACUUUACGAGUAUACUCAACAUAAUAUUCAUUAUCAGCGGCGGAGUGUUAACGUUUGUGAUUCUGUUCAUAUUCGCCAAGAGACAGAUCACCAGGUUCGCCCUUCGCUCUAGGAGAGGCCCUCACGUCCCUAUAGGAUCAGAUGCUAAGAAGUGUUUAAAGAAAGAAAUAGAGCGGCGCAUAGAAGCAGUGCCUCGGAUAAUGUUUGAGCCGCGCCUGCUGUGUACGGAGCCCUCGCACUACAUCCUGGAGCCCCAGCAGCCCUACCACUACAGGUUCCGAGCUGUAGAUGAUGUGAAGACACUUGAGGAGGAGAUAGCCAACCAGGACCCCGGCCUCCGUCGUCACCCGCGCGAGUCGCUCCGCGCCUUCCUGCUGUCGGUGCUGGCGGCGCCGCUGGACGGGCGCGGGCAGAAGCUGGUGCACCAGUUCUGUGACGCGUACGAGUCCGCGCGACACCACCCCGCGGAGUUUGGCGAGGACGAGUACCGCGCGUACACUCGGCUGCUGCUCAAACUGCUGGAUGCCGCGCGCCUGCUGAAGAGCGUGUCGUGCGUGGGCGCCGCACGCAGCUCGCCGCAGCGCCGCGCGCCGCGCCUGCUCGACCCCGCGCGGCUGCGCCCCGCCGCCCGACCCGCCAACCAUUACACCGCCUUGGAGAACAUGCCCAUAGAAGCUAAAAUAGAGGAGGAGGUGAUCCGAGUGCCAGUGCGGAGCCCUACCGAGCCGCUGGUGAAGGCUCCGGCGGACGAGACGGCGCUCUGAGCGCGCGCCCCGCGCCAGCCCGCGCAGACCCUGUAGCCAGCCACUAGUGCUGCUACUUACGUACAUUCAAGUGAUAAGUGAAGUGACACAAGUGACGUGUAACAUGUGACCAGGACGUUCAUUGUACCUGUGCAGACCAUUUCGCCAGUCACAUGUGCUCCUACAUACUUACGUUCAAGUGAUAAGUGAAGUGACACAAGUGAUGUGUAUCAUGUGACCAGGAUGUUCAUUGUACGCAAUAUGUUCAAGUGAUAUGAUGAAGUGACACAAGUGAAGAUAGAUGUAUAGAUUAUUCAAUGUAUCAUAACUGUAUGUAAAAAACAAAUCUACAUCUUUUACAUAUUUCAUUGUCCUUAACAUGACAUUGUCAUUUUACUUAAAAAUAUAAUAUUAUUACCAUCACACUAAAUCAUCUAAUGUGUGUUUAAUAAUAAUAAUAAUAAUAAUAAUAAUAAACACUUUAUUACACCAAAACAAAAAAUAACAAAAUUUUACAAAACAAAUUAAGUGCAAAUACAAAUAGAUAUGGUGUAUCUGUUAUUAUAUGAAAGUAAAUAAGGUUGCUCAUCAAAGUGCAAAAAAACUAAUUUACCAUUUUCUCCAUUAUAUGUAUCAUUAAAUCCAUGAAAAAUUGUAAUUUUCAAAUAGAUCAUAGAUAAUAGUUAGUGUGAGUAUAUAAAUAGUCCAAGUAAAAGUAAAACCACAUUGUUAAGUACCAUAUUUAAUGGAAUAAUGGAAUAUAAU